CUGUGAAGACGUAGCUGCGGGUGGCUGUGGUGGAGGCGUUCAAGAUGUCGACCAAGAAUUUCCGAGUCAGUGACGGUGACUGGAUUUGCCCUGACAAAAAGUGUGGAAAUGUAAACUUUGCUAGAAGAACCAGCUGUAAUAGAUGUGGUCGGGAGAAAACAACUGAGGCUAAGAUGAUGAAAGCAGGGGGCACUGAAAUAGGAAAGACACUUGCAGAGAAGAGCCGAGGCCUAUUUAGUGCUAAUGACUGGCAGUGUAAAACUUGCAGUAAUGUGAAUUGGGCCAGAAGAUCAGAGUGUAACAUGUGUAAUACUCCAAAGUAUGCUAAGUUAGAAGAAAGAACAGGGUAUGGUGGUGGUUUUAAUGAAAGAGAAAAUGUUGAAUAUAUAGAAAGAGAAGAAUCUGAUGGUGAAUAUGAUGAGUUUGGACGUAAAAAGAAAAAAUACAGAGGGAAGGCAGUUGGUCCAGCAUCUAUUUUAAAGGAAGUUGAAGAUAAAGAAUCUGAGGGAGAAGAAGAGGAUGAGGAUGAAGAUCUUUCUAAAUAUAAAUUGGAUGAGGAUGAGGAUGAAGAUGAUGCUGAUCUCUCAAAAUAUAAUCUUGAUGCCAGUGAAGAAGAAGAUAGUAAUAAAAAGAAACCUAAUAGACGAAGUCGCUCAAAGUCUCGAUCUUCACAUUCACGAUCUUCAUCACGCUCAUCCUCCCCCUCAAGUUCAAGGUCUAGGUCCAGGUCCCGUUCAAGAAGUUCUUCCAGUUCGCAGUCAAGAUCUCGUUCCAGUUCCAGAGAACGUUCGAGAUCUCGUGGGUCGAAAUCAAGAUCCAGCUCCAGAUCCCACAGGGGCUCUUCUUCCCCACGAAAAAGAUCUUAUUCAAGCUCAUCAUCUUCUCCUGAGAGGAACAGGAAGAGAAGUCGUUCUAGAUCUUCAUCUGGUGAUCGCAAAAAAAGACGAACAAGAUCACGGUCACCCGAAAGCCAGGUGAUUGGUGAAAACACUAAACAACCCUGAGCCCAGGGCCAACCCCUCGGAACACCACUACUUUACCCAGGCACCACAGGUCAUCUUCUGGAUCAUCCCAUUCUGGUUCCCGUUCAAGUUCAAAAAAGAAAUAAUGUAUUAAAAUUUACAUCUUUAAAAAAAAAAAAUCCAGUACAGUGCAUGAAGCAUAUUUUUUAAGAAGUUGGUGUCUUACUUGGUCAGAAGUGCUAAAUCUGCUAGUAGAGGUGCAUGCCUUUCAUUGCUUUUCAGAACAAUACAGCUGUGUUUAUUUGUGAAAUUAAAAGUAAACAGUAUUUUAAGCCAUAAUGUCCCAAAAUAGAUGCUCUCUAUCAUUCUUUAUUUACAACCAUUUAUUUAAAACCAUCUCAGCUAUAACAAAGUACUUUGUUUUUUUGGUGUUUCUUUUUUGUUUUGUUUUUUACUUUGUUUCCUAAUUUGAACUGUUGUUUUUCUCAUAUCCAAAUCGGAAUUGUUUAUUGACUUAAGACAAGAUUACCUUAGACUUGCCUGAACUUUGGGCAUGGAGGCAAGACUGUGGUGAAGUAGUUGGAAACAGUCUUUAUGUUAAUCUGAGAAAAAGAGUCAGCCUGGUUAUGUUAACCUAUGUCAAAGUGAUUCUUAUCAGAAAAAGUUAAACUAGUUGUAAAAGAGUCAACUGGAAACUUCAUUUUUAAAUUCCCUAUGCUAAGGGUGCCUUAGAAUCUGUCUUUUAUUCAGUUUUACUUUUUGCAAAAUAUUUAAUGCAGGAAAAUCUCGUGAAUUGUAGGAGAAAGGUGUUACUCAUUUCUCACUAUCUGACAUAAUUUUGAGCAAGAGUAUCUAACAGUUCAUUUCUAAUCUGCUGAUAUGGUUGUCUGAUGAGAAAAACAUUUCAUUUCAAACUGUUUAUCUUAACAUUUUGAGAAGCUUUUUGUGAUAUCCUUUAAAAAUCCAGGGUAGACAAAGCUAAAUUAUAGUUAAUGAAGAACAAAUUGAAGAAAACUGAAGUAUAAUUCUCUUCAGGUGAAAGACCAACAGAGACAUUGUUAAUUUAAGCGAACAUUUGCCGUGAAAUGUUUUAACUUUAAACACACUGCAUAAAAUUUUCUUCUGAGUGAUAAAUGAAUGUUUAUUUCUGCACCACAUAAGCAGAAAUAAUUGUUUCUGUUCACUUGAAAUUACUUAUGGCUUAAAAUACUUUCAGAGUUUCUUUUAUUUCUCCAAAUUAAAACCUGGUCACGAGCUUUAUUAUGUCUUCUGGUUUAAAAACAAAGGUUUUUUUUAACAGUAUCUUCAAUGACAAUGCAAGGUAAGUAUAUUAAGGAAAAUCAACAGUUGUGCUUGGGGACUUUUUGUCAUGGGGAUCAAUACCCAUUAUUCUUGUUCUGUUUUUUGUGUUUGUUUUUUUUGUGUUGUUUUUUUCAAACUGAUGUCUCC